AUGAUCGGCAUCAUCGUUCUGAUUGUAGUCCUGUUGGCUGACUACCCCUCGAUGGGACAGUUGGUCAUAGACAGCUCGAAGCUCACUGAAGAUGCUCUCUUUCAUCCGGAAAGCGAGUUGGCGGAACCACUAGCAGCCGCUACUUUGUUCGAGCCUAAGCUGACGGUCACUUCGAUGAGGCAGAAGGACGGCCUCUGCGACCCCUCAGUGGCUCAGUUCGCAGGCUAUUUCGAAGCCCGCCCUAAAAAAAGUUACUUCUUCUGGUUCUUCGAGUCCCGUAGCGAUCCUGAGAACGACCCGACGGUCAUGUGGCUAACGGGAGGUCCCGGAUGCAGUAGCCAGCUGGCCUUGCUAGGAGAGAACGGUCCAUGCUCAGUCAACAAGGAGGGCACGGGAACGAUUCCCAACGAUUAUUCGUGGAAUAAUCGAUCUAAUAUCUUCUGGGUAGAUCAGCCACCGGGAACAGGAUUCAGCAAGGGCUCAUACGAUCAUGAUGAAGAUGGUGUUGCCGAAGAUAUGUAUUGGUUCUUGGUCCAGUUGUUCACCAAACACCCUGAGUACAACAGGAAAUUCUACAUAGCAGGAGAAUCCUAUGCUGGACAUUUUAUCCCAGCUAUAUCACACAAGAUCUUCCUCGAGAACAAGAAGGCCAACGGGUUCACUAUUAAGUUGGAUGGUGUGGCUAUAGGCAACGGUAUGACCAAUCCUGAAGAACAAUACAAGUGGUAUCCUCUGAUGGCAUACAACAGCACUACCGCACCAAGCCGGGUAUAUGAAGAAAUGAUGGCGGCUGUUCCCGGCUGUGUUGAAGCUAUUCGUAAAUGCAAUAAGGAUGGAAGUUUCGCUUGCACCAAGGCCUUCCUCCAAUGUAACCGCGCACUGUUCAGUCCAUAUCAGGAGAAGGGUCUCAACCCGUACGACAUGCGUCAGAAGUGCGAACACCCGCCGCUUUGCUACGACUUUUCGCAUAUUGACAAGUUCUUGAAUGAUAAGAAAGUCCAAGAGGAACUCGGUGUUAAUACCAAGUGGCAGGAGUGCAACACUCUGGUUAACAUCCUGUUCAACUGGGACUUCAUGCACAAUUUCCAUCAACUGCUCAGCGAUCAAAUAGAGAGUGGCACACGUGUGCUGAUCUAUGUCGGUGAUGUUGAUUAUAGUUGUAAUUGGAUCGGUAACAAGAAGUGGGCACUGAAUUUGGAGUGGCAAGGUCAAGAACAAUUCAACAAGCAGGAGGAUCGGGAUUAUAAGAAUACAUCCGGCAAAGUUGCGGGGAAAGUACGCAGUGUUACUUUGGACAAUGGGGGGCAGUUCUCGUUCAUGCAGAUUAGAGAGGCCGGGCAUAUGGUGCCGAUGGACCAGCCGGCGGUAUCUCUCCGUAUGCUCAACGACUUCCUCGAUAACAAGCUACCUACCCAACAUCUUGGCUCCUCUCCCCAGGUUCCCUUGUUCGAAGCCAUUGAUAGGCAAUAUGUCGAUACAGAUGAUCAACCGCUUGUAAUAGACAUUGUACUCUAGUGAAACUUUGGACAUCACUUGUCUCACCUUCUUGCCUAUGGCCUCCGGAUUCGUUCCGGUAGGGGUUCUGUGAUCUGAUUUUUU